AUGAGCAUGACUGGAGAUUUAAAUUUCUUCCUUGGCUUGCAAAUCAAGCAAACUGAAGAGGGAAUCAUGAUUCAUCAGCAAAAAUAUAUUAAGGAACUGAUCAAGAAAUACAAGUUGGAAAAUGCCAAAACCAAUAAUACUACUAUGGGAAUUUCUACUAGAUUAGAUGAAGAUCCAUCUGGAACUUGCAUUGAUCAAUCUAUGUAUCGAGGUAUGAUAGGCUCACUUCUCUACUUAACAGCUAGCAGACCUGACAUAUCUUUUAGUGUAGGUGAUUUGAUUAAUAGAAAAAGCACUUCAGGUAUGGUACAAUUUUUAGGUCCCUUUUUAGUCUCUUGGGGUUCCAAGAAGCAAAACACAGUUGCUUUAUCUACUGCAGAAGCUGAAUAUGUGGCAGCGGCAGCAUGUUGCUCACAAGUUCUAUGGAUAAAACAACAGAUAUUCUAA